UGUGGUGAGUGGUCUCUUGUCUGCUGAUUGCUGCAGAUAUUCAGGUCAUGUCAGUGGUGAACAAGAUGACUGAUCUGAUUUUAUCACUUUCCAGGUCACAUGGCUGAACAAAGGUUGUGUGUACUUGUAGAGCAUAAUUUGGCAGAAUAUAAGGAGGAAAGAGUGGAUUAAUCAGAACCACAAAUUCAUCAUGUUUGCAUCUGUGGCUCUACUCUUGGUGGCUGUUUUGCUCUUUCUACUCCUCUGUCAGACUCAGAGGGCUAAAAAUUUUCCUCCAGGCCCUCGAGCCCUCCCUAUCUUUGGAAACUUGCUGCAGCUCAAUCUGAAGAGUCCCAUUGCAGAUCUGGAGAGGCUGGCCAAACGCUACGGUAAUGUCUACAGCCUUUUUAUUGGUUCCAGACCUGCGGUCGUUAUCAAUGGGCUGGAGGCCCUGAAAGAAGCCCUGGUCAACAAAGCUGCUGACUUCUCUGGUAGACCACAAGACCUAAUGGUCAAUCAUGCUGUUCAAAUGAAAGCUCACGCUCCAGGAGUGGUUCUAGCAGAUUACAACCCUGGCUGGAGAGAGCAUCGGCGCUUUGGUCUGACGACUCUGAGAAACUUUGGUCUGGGCAAACAGUCCAUGGAGCAGAGGAUUCUGGGAGAAGUACUUCACAUUAUAAAGCUUCUGGAGCAGAGUGUCGGUAAAACUGUGGAUCCUCAUCUGCUCUUCCACUAUGCUGCUUCCAACGUUAUCUGCCAAGUUCUAUUUGCUAGACAGUUCAGCUAUGAGGAUGAGUUCAUGAAGUUUUCUGUCAGCCUUUUUCAUGAGACCUCCAAAAUAAUCAACGGACGCUGGGGAAUGAUUUAUGACUCUCUUCCCAUGGUACGGAACCUGCCACUGCCCUUUCAGAAAGCCUUUAAAAUGUUCCAGAGUGCACAUGAAAGACGUUUAGAGAUGUUGGCUGAGAACAAAAAGACCAGAGUUCCUGGUAAACCACGACAUUUCACAGACUGCUACCUGGAUGAACUGGACAAGAGAGGAGAUGAUGACUCAUCAUUUUCUGAAGACCAACUUUGUGCAUUUAUUUUGGAUCUUCACUUUGCUGGAACUGACACGACCGCCAACACCCUGCUUGCCGCCUUCCUUUACCUGAUGAAUUAUCCACAGAUACAGGAGCGCUGUCAGCAGGAAAUAGACAAAGUUCUUGAUGGGAAGGAUCUAGCCAGUUUUGAAGACAGGCACCAGAUGCCUUAUGUGCAGGCUGUCAUUCAUGAGAUCCAGAGGAUGGCUAACACUGUUCCUCUCAGUGUUUUCCACUGCACCACUAAAGACACACAGUUAAUGGGAUAUUCCAUACCCAGGGGAACCAUUAUUAUCCCCAACCUGUCCUCAGUGCUGUUUGAGGAGGGACAGUGGAAAUCUCCACAUGAAUUUAAACCUGAAAACUUCCUCAAUGACCAGGGAGAAUUUGUCAAACCUGAGGCCUUCAUGCCUUUCUCUGCAGGUCCUCGAAUGUGUCUUGGAGAGGGUCUUGCUCGUAUGGAGCUGUUCCUCACUGUGGUGACUCUGCUGAGGAGGUUCAAGUUCAUCUGGCCCGAGGAUGCAGGAGAACCAGAUUUCACUCCUCUUUUUGGGACAACUCAGACCCCGAAACCAUAUAGCAUGAAGGUCCAGCUAAGAUAAACGGCAUGAUGGUUCACAAGAUACAAUUCCAAGACAGAUGUUAUCCAAAUACUGUGAUUUGUUUCACUGAAACAAAUAAUAAAAUCAGAUUCAAAGUCAAAUCAUCGUGUGUAUGUUGA